UCUAGGAAUAAAAUCGAACUUCCUCUUUGUAACAUUUAAAAAUGACUGUAUAUGUGGUAUGUUUGUAACAUUUUUACCAGAUUUUAACUUUUUCAGGGGAAAAAAUAAAUUAAAAUUGGGAAUAUUUUAGUAUUUGAGUGAAAGUGAAAUGUUCUUUGAUGGUUUGGAAUUUUAAAUGUGAAAUUUUAUCUUGUUAUACAGUUUUUGUCUGAAAGAUUGAACUGUAUCAAGAAGUUCUGAGUUUUUUUUUUUUUUUUUUCAGAUGUCGACCAAUUAGUGGUGAAUGAAACUCGGCAGAUUCGUCUGCGUUGUCACCAGUCAGGAAAAGGUGAUGUGACAUGGAGCAGAGAGAAAGAUGGAGAAACCAGUAAAAUAAUAACAAUAAGUGGUGAUGAGGAAAAGAAACACAUUGAUGAUCCACGAUAUCAUUCUCAAGCAGAUAAAUCACUUGUUAUUACUAAGCUAAAGUCCUCCGAUUCUGGAAGAUACCGCUGCAACAAUGAACCAGCUGUUGAACUGACUGUGAUCCCAUCAGGAACUGAAAUAAAGACAGUUAGAGAGAGAAAAAGUGUCACUCUGAAGUGUCCUGAUGAAGAUGACGAUGAUUUAAAGUGGAGCAGACUGUUUGGAGAAAUACGACAGCGAAGGAUUCAGAUGAAGGGCAAAAAACUGAUUAUAAAAGACACCAAACAGGAAGACACUGGAUUGUACUUCUGUGGAGGAAAACCAGCUGCUUUUCUGAAUGUGACCAGGAGGAGAUCUACUCCAGCACCAACAAGGAAAACCAGGCCAACAACACCAACAACAACGACGAGGAGAACUCGCAAAGCAAGCACAACAACGCCAACAACAAAAACCAGCACAGCAGGGUCAACUACAAGAACAAGGACAGCCAACAAAACAAUUCCAACAACAGCAACAAUGAGCACAACAAGGCCAACAACAACAACAAUGAGCACAACAAGGCCAACAACAACAACAAUGAGCACAACGAGGCCAACAACAAUCAGCGCAACACCAACACCAACAACAACAACGACAACUACAGUCAGCACAAGGGCAAGAACAACCAGCAGAACGUCAACCUCAAAAGAAUUCAAAUUACUUCAUUGGCUAAUUCCAGUGAGUGCACUGAUCUUCCUCAUCAUCAUCACUGCCUGCGUUACCUGGAGACUAAAACGUAAAAAACAAGAAGCAGGUCCAGAAUGUCACGUCUAUGAUGAAAUAACAAACGGAUCAAGACUUCAGCCCAAUAGUGAUCAAACUAAAAGUGAUGUCACCUACUCACUUAUCACUGGUAUUCCCAAGACUUCAAGUAAACCUGAUUCUCCAUAUUCCUUGAUUGGCCAUAGUCCUUGUUCUGGAAAUAUUCGAGAUUCUCCAUAUAGUUUAAUUGGUCCAAGUCAUUGUUCUGGAAAUAAUCAAGAGUCUCCAUAUUCUUUGAUCGGUCCCAGUCCUUGUUCUGGAAAUGAUCGAGGUUCAUCUUUACCAGCCAACGGGACUUACUUUCUGUUGGAGAAACCCAAAGCACCAACAAACUCCGACGAGCAGCUGGAAACGUCUUUAGCACAGAAAACUGAGCUGUCAUAAAUUGAUGUUUGAAUUGGUGGAUUCCAGCACCUCCCUGUCUGUCUGUCUGUCGUUCAUGGAGCUUAAAAUUGGAAAGUAUUCAAGCAAAAGUGGCAAUGUUUACAUG